GUUUUGUUAUUGCUGGUUGUUAUUUGUAUAUGAUUAAAAUUUAAUAAUUACAAUAAAAUGCCGUUGCCGCCUGCUUUAGCAGCCCGUCUUGCCAAAAGAGGCAUUUUAAAAACUCCAAUUGCUGAUGCAGUCAAUAAUUCAGGUACAGUUCAAGCCAACGAAGAAAUUAUAGCUGAAGACUAUGAUAGUAAACCUGAGGACCACAAUGCUAAAGAGCAUUACUGGGAGGGUAUAGAAGGUGUGAAUGUAGAUCCUAUUAAAGGUCACCGCGGUUGUCCAAACAAAAGCAACAUUUAUCACGAAUGUUCUAAAUUUUGUGUGAAAACUUGGAAACAAGGUAAAUUGGUACCAAAUGAAAAAUAUUUGGAGAAUAAAAAGAAAGCGUUAGAACUGUGGCCUCUUCCUCCUGGAUGGGAAGAAGUGUACGAUGAGGGUAGUGGCCAACAUUACUUUUGGAAUGUUCAUAACAACCUUGUAAGUUGGUUACCCCCUGCUCAUCCAAAGGCAGUUCCUACUGAGAGUGCUGCUCAUCUACGAGAAGAAAGGGUCUUGAAGGAAGGUGACGAGAGUGAUGACAGUAGUGAGGCAUCCGAUCAAGAGGUGCCACAACAACAGGUCAAGGAAAAGCGACAUGAAAGACGAGAAAAGAGUAGAGAUAUGGUUCAUCAUAGGGACAAGAAGAGGCAACGGGUUAGAGAUAAUGAUUUAGAUCCAAUGGAUCCUGCUUCUUAUUCUGAUAUACCUAGAGGAAAUUGGACCUCUGGUUUGGACUCUCAUGCAAAAACAGGAGUGGAUACUACAGCAUCAGGGUCAUUAUAUCAAAUGAGACCAUAUCCUGCACCUGGGGCUAUAUUGGCAGCAAAUGCUAAAAAGCAUUCACCACCAUCAUCUCCCUAGUCCGUAAGUUGUCUUCUGGCAAAUGUAUUGAAUAUUCUCAAUAAACAAUAUUGAUUUCUUUACCU